AUGGACUCCGCACGGGCCCCGAAGUUAGCGACCUUCCCGGUCGAACUCACGGCGUGGAUCCUGGGAUACUUGCUCCCAGAGGGCUCCGUGGUCGAUGACUGGGAUGCAGAAGAAUACGCCAUCAAUCCAGCCUUUAUCAGCUCGAGAAGGAACCUCAGCAACCUCUGCCUGACUUGCCGUCCCCUGUACGACCUCGCCACACCUUACCUUUAUCAAGCGGUAGUCGUCAAGAAUCAAAAGGAGCUGUUUUGCCUCUUCCGCACCCUGUAUGAAGCACCGAAGCUCCGCGACCUGAUCACCUGCUUCGCUUGGUGCGGGAUGCUCCACGAGGUGACACCCGACGAGCAUCGCAAGGUGCGCUCAGCCUACUAUUCGGCCCCAGGCCCAUCGAGCCAGGCAGACCACCACUUCAGACCGCGGCUGCCUCUCACAGCAUGUUCCGCAUUCGAGGGAAUACUUGCAUUCAUGCCCAAGGUCAAGAGGCUCUACACGCGGAUCUCACCCACUCCUAUGAACGAGGCCGGUAGGGAAACCCAACUGUUCCCCUCUGAAUGGAUGGCCUUUCAAAGGGUGCUUAGUGCGCUCCCGAGCGAUGGAGAGGAAGAAAUGGUUCGGAUCGAGAUGCUGUGCCGAAGACUCGCACUACCAGACACUCUUUCAUUCCCGCUGGCUCUCCGGGAGCUCGAGACCAUCACGAUUCACUUUCCUCUGUAUAGCCCAGCAGCGCGGAAUCGUAGGAUCAUUCCCGGCCGAGUGCUGCAGUUCUGCCCGAGCCUGAAAACAGUACAGAUCAAGGGCGAGGGACUCAGGAGUUCUAGGUGCCUCGAGACCGGCUGGCCUUUGGUCGCUACGAGUGAGGCAAGCGAAUUGGCGGUUUACGGUGCCUGUGCACCUCAGCAAUUUAUCACCCUGGGCUGCACCGUGUUUCCCGCCCUGACGCGACUGUCCAUCCACAUCGGUCGUCCUAGGGAUGAAAUCCGGGCCGAUCGAGUUGAUGCAAUGUAUAACUGCUUGCAUUUCUUCCGGCGCUCACUCGAUACCCUCUGCAUCACGACGUAUCCCAGGAAAAUUAUGUUCACGCGCGUAUCGAGAUCCUUCUUAAAGGACGUGCUGCCUAAGAUGCAAGCUCUGAAAAGUCUGACCACCAACAUCCGCUUCCUGGUGGACGAGCAGACCAAAGAGCUCAACAUCCCGUCCCUCAUGCCCCCAACCCUUGAGGCACUUCACCUCGUCGACGACUGGAGCUCGACUAUGAGACGUCGCAUGCCCAGCUUCCCGCGGGCUCGCGCACCUCCCGAUCCUCAGACUUGCUUGUCGUAUUCCGAGCGCGUUGAUCUGCUCCUUGGGGCUUUCCACCGGGACCACCGCAAUUACUUGCCGAGCUUGAAGGAGUUCCAGUUCACCUCGAGCCCCAUUGAGCUCGAAGUUGGCACCUGGGAGGCCACGUGGGACGAUGUGGAGCCUUUGAAAGCCCGAUUUCGAAUGCUCUUUGCGGCAGACAAGGUGGAUUUCAAAUUUCGCAGUGUGGAUGAUUGGCACAGAGAGAUUGAUAGUUCAUUUGGGAAUAUUCGUUGA